GGAGCAUCAGAUUAACAGCCUUUCUCUCUCUCCGUCCCAGCAUCACCUCUUCUCUCUCUCCGUCCCAGCAUCACCUCUUCUCUCUCUCAGCCUGACAAUCAUCAUUAUCACCAUCUUGUCCACCGCCAGCUGUAGCUAAACCACUGCGCCAUGGCAACCUUGGAUGGUUUUCCCGCCAGUUUUUAUGGGGAGCCGGGGGUGUUGGGUAUGUUGGCCAAUGGGAUCAGUGCGUUCCUGGUUCUACUGCAGAACUUCAACACAGCUCGAACCGGAGUAUCUGCCCAGGGGGUGGAGAACAUUCUGGCAGGUGUUCAUCUCAUCCUGAUAGGUGGAGUGUGUCAGCUGAUUGCCGGCCUCCUGUCGUUCCGUAAAUACGACCACCUGAGUGGCACCGCCUUCAUUGGCUAUGCAGCUCUCUGGGGCAGCUAUGGUGCCACACGCAUCUUCCUGGGUGCAUCCCAAUCAAUCACAACUAACCUGACCAUGUCACAUGACCUGAUGAGUAACGCGACCCCGCUCACUUCCCUCACGACCAACCUAUCUCUGUCGGCUGAACUCUGGAACAGCACCUCGCAGAGCCCUGAUUGGCUGUCUCUCCUGCUCAUCCCCCAUUCUGCCAUCGCGGGAUUGGUCCCCUACAUCCUUCUAUCCUUCCUAUUGGCCUUCUGCUCUGCCACGGUAAACGUCAUCAUGCCCUUCGUGUUCGGUGCCAUCACGCUUACCCUGCUGUUUGAGGCUGUGGCGGUGGGCGUGUCCUCGGCCUGGUCACUGGUCGUCUCUGGCAUUCUAGAACUCCUCAUCCUCCUUUUCGCCGUGUACGGCAGCGCCGCCCUGUUGGUGAAAGGUCUGGCGCAGCGCUAUGUCCUCAAGGGGUUCGGCACGCCCCUGUUCAACGUGCUCCUGCUGGGGACCAACAGCCCUGCGGCCAGCGCCCAGAGCCUGGGACAGGAGAAGAAGAAGAACACCAAGUACGCUGAACCCCAGGCGCUCUUCUUCUUCUGUGACAUGGUGUCUCCUUCAUCAUGUUGUUCUACAGCUUUGGAUACGUCACGUCCUUCUCCCUGGGUGCUGUGUGGGUCUCCAUCAUCUCUGCUGCUCAACUCCUCUCUAGCUACUACGCUCACCUGCGGCAAGAUGGCUACCUGGUCACCAAGGCCGGCCUGCAUGCCACCUACUGGCUUACCAAGGCGUGGGAGGAGUUUGUGUUGUCGGCUGUGAUCGUGUCGGAGCCGGAGGGAGAGGUGGCUACUGGGAGACAGGCGAUGGUUGGUGAUUGGUUCUUCGUGGCGGUGGCGCUCCUCCUCCUAGUUGUCAGUCUGAGUAAUGACACCCUGGAGGUUACCCAUAAUGCUCUGUUCCUGCUGCUGUCCAUCUCCAC